AUGAAUGAGCAACUUCUGAAGUGGCUCCAUGUCGUUCUCAGAGAUCAGAUCGAAAUCCACGUCACACUCGAGAUUGGCGAGACUUCCGGAGAGUUGGAAGAGAAUGAGUCGUUCCGACAUUCUGGCGAACGGAAUGAGUGUCGCGUCGAGAUUCUUCGUCUCCACAUCGUAAGUGGCCAUCACCUUCAUACCGGCCUUAUAGACGGCGUGAAGUAUUUCGAUAGCCCUGUCGCCCAACUCAUCAACUGGCUCGGACUUUCCAAGAAUGUAAAGAUACGUCGGAUCUUCGUCUUUCAUUGCGAAUCUCAUCCUGACCCUCCGACAUCUUCAACGGUUCAGCUGACACCACAAAGUUGGGCUUGCCGACCGCUGGAGAGAAGUCGUGUACCGAGACGACACGAUUGCCGAUCCGCUCUCGGUGCACUCGCGGGAAAUGUGUCCGUUGCGACCGCAAUUGUAGCACUUCUGUCCGCCGAAGCUUCUGCUGCCUCCGCCACGUCCACCUCCUCCGUAUCCUCUGCUGCCGCUUCCUUCCUCACUUCUAGCAGAUGGACAGUCACGAGAGUAGUGUCCGCGUCCUCCACAGUUGUAGCACGAUCCACCACCACCACCGCCGCUGUUGCGAUCACGUUGACCUCCUCCGGAUCCUCCCUUUGGGCAAUCGCGCGAGAAGUGUCCAGUUUCUUGGCAAUUGUAGCAUGUGGAUCCACCACCUGGAAAGAAAAUUAUGACUAUUUUACUAAACAAAACGAAAUCCUUCAACAAGUCUCUAACUCCGCCACAUUAAACACAUUUCUCUUCGCCUCCUCUCCUCCAGAACUUCAAAAACAAUUGUAA